AUGUUGUUCUUCAAACUCAUCACCACUGCUCUCUUCUACUUCACCUCUCUUGUCGCAGCUGCCGACACGAGCGCCUGGAAGUCUCGCAGCAUCUACUUCGUUCUCACCGACCGCAUCGCUCGCAGCAGUAGCGAUACUGGCGGCGGAGCAUGCAGCAAUCUUGGCAACUACUGCGGCGGAACCUUCAAAGGUCUUGAGUCCAAACUCGACUACAUCAAGGGGCUAGGAUUCGAUGCCAUCUGGAUCACCCCGGCUGCUGGAUACCAUGGCUACUGGGCUGAGGAUCUCUACUCGAUCAACUCAAACUACGGCUCUGCUGCCGACUUGAAGAGCUUGGUCAGCACUGCUCAUGCUAAGGGCAUCUAUGUCAUGGUCGAUGUUGUGGCCAACCACAUGGGCCCAGGUGCGAUCACCAACAACAAGCCUUCGCCACUAAACCAGCAAUCCUCAUACCACUCUGCCUGCGAUAUCAACUACAGCAACCAGGGCAGUAUCGAGCAGUGCCAGAUUGCCGGUCUCCCGGACAUCAACACCCAGUCCACGGAGAUCCGCAGCCUGUUGAACACUUGGGUUUCUUGGCUUGUCAAGGAAUACAGCUUCGAUGGCGUUCGAAUCGACACCGUCAAGCACGUUGAGAAAGACUUCUGGCCCGGCUUCUCUGCUGCAACUGGCGUGUACAGCAUCGGCGAAGUGUUCGAUGGCAACCCGACUUACCUUGCUGAGUACGCCAAGCUUAUGCCUGGUCUUCUGAACUACGCGACCUACUAUCCCAUGAACAACUUUUACCAACAGACCGGUUCCGCUCAGGCGCUUGUAGACAUGAUGAACACCGUCAGCAACACUUUCCCUGACCCAUCCGCUCUCGGUACCUUCCUCGACAAUCACGACAACAAGCGUUGGUUGAACGUAAAGAACGACCAGACUCUGCUCAAGAACGCCCUUGCUUAUGUCAUCCUUGCGCGAGGAAUUCCCAUCCUCUACUAUGGUACCGAACAAGGCUAUGCCGGUGGUGACGACCCAGCCAACCGAGAAGACCUCUGGCGAAGCGGCUUCAACACUAACGCGAAUCUCUACCAGGCCAUCAAGAAGCUGACUGCUGCAAGGAAGUCUGCAGGAGGUCUUGCCGGUAACGAUCACACCCACUUGUACGUAGCGAACAACGCCUACGCCUGGAGCCGUGCAGGUGGCAACCUUAUCGUUCUCACCACAAAUGCUGGAAGCAGUUCCAACCAGCAGCAUUGCUUCAACACCCAGAAGGCCAACGGAAAAUGGAACAACGUCUACGGAAACGGCGCUGCUGUUACUGCCGACGGCAGCGGUCAGAUCUGUGUGACCGUCAGCAAUGGCGAACCCAUCGUUCUUGUUGCUGGCACUGCUACUCCCACCACGGGAACCACUCUCACCACCAAGACGGCUACUGCUACUGGCACAUCAACUGCUUGCCCAACAGCUGUUUCGGUUUCUUUCACCCACCGCAUCACCACUGUUCCUGGCGACACCAUCAAGAUCACCGGUAACACUGCGCAGCUGGGUAACUGGACACCAGCCAACGGUCUUACUCUCUCAGCAAGCAGCUACACCGCCAGCAACCCGGUCUGGACGAUCACCGUGCCAUUGGCAGCAGGUUCAGCGAUCCAAUACAAAUUCGUGAAGAUUAGCAGCAGUGGAACGAUCACAUGGGAGAGUGAUCCUAACAGGAGCUACACCGUGCCCAAAUGCCAGGCGAGUGCCAGUCUGAGCAGCUCAUGGCAGUAG